AUGGUUGUACUGUCAGAUGUUGUAGAAUAAGAACUUUAUUAUCGAUUGGUAGAGAGAAUGAAAAAAUUGAUUUAAAAUUAAGAACCCAAGGAUUGCUUUUAUUUUCUUAUUCAUUUCUUAUUUGCUCAAUAAUACCAUGGAGAAGUCUAUGAAAUAUACAGUAAAGUGGAGAAUAAGUUAAUAUUAAAUAAUCUAUCUUAUAUAUAGAGAAUUAAAUGGAAAUUCUUUAUUAUGAUGAUCAAAUAGAAUUUGUACAUCAGUUUGAAUGCAAAAUUAGAUGUAAAUCAUUCUGAUAAAACCAAACUCUCCUUAAAAAUCAAUUAGUUUGUUCAAUCUGAGGGUUUUAAUUAAAGUAUUAAAGAUGGUUUGAUUGACAUAAUUCAAUAAAAAUUACAAUUGCAAUAGUUAUUAGUUAAAUAGCAGAGUAAGGCUGACUUGACAUAUUAAUAUUACAACUUAUUGGAGAGUGUUGAAAAGCAAGAAAAGAUACUAAAAUCUAUAUAUGAUUCAUUUCCAAGCCAAAGAAAUUAAUCCCAAUUAAUGUUUUUUUAUGCCGAAAUCAAAUAUGAUUGGAAAAAGGCAUUCGAUUAAUUAUAAAUCAAUGCUAUUGAUAAUUCAUUAUUAAGUAUCGUAACUGAUGUUGAUUUUAAUAGAUUAGCAAACAAAAUGGCAUAUUUAAUUUAUUCUUAUGAUGACAGAAAACUUAAAAUUAUUUCAUAUUCUAAGAAGGCCCCAGGAGUCUUUGGUUUUUAAUAAAAAUAAUUUGAGUUGAUUGUAACUCCAGAUCCAUUGAUUCCAGCAGUGGUUAGAGAUAUUCAUGAUUAAUACAUAGCAGAUUUUUUGUAGAAUGGAAAAGGAGCGUACUUUAGACAAGUAGGUUCUAACUUUUGUUAAUUAAAGUCAGGUUAUUUGUAAAACAUAGAAUUCUUUUUUGAUCUCUAUUUUGAUUGUAAUCAAUCAUUUCGCUUUAUCACUUUUAUAAAUUGUUAAGAAUAGGCAGAUCCAAUGAUUUUGAUUGAUUAAGCAAAUAAAAUUUAGGGAGUAAACAAAGAAUUAUUCAAAAAGUUAAAUUUCAAUCCAAAAAUCAUCGAUUAAUUAUAGAUAGAAAAAUCACUUUAUAAUUUAACAACAGACUUAUUUUUAAACAAUGAUAUAUUGAACGGAACCUAAAUUUAAUAUUAAUUUUAGUUUUAUUUUCCUAAAGAUUCAUUUUUUGCAUAAGAAUUUACCACAACUACAUAGAAGAUUACAAGUCUAAGACAUUAAUAGAAAUUAUCUUAAUAUGAAGUGAGUUGUGAAGUUUUGAGACGGAGUAAUUAUAAAAUCAUAAGGUUAAAGAAGAUAUAAGAAAAUAAAAAAAUGAAUCUAGCAUAAUCAAUAGAAUUGCAAUUGAAUUAAGAAAAUAAUUUACCAAUUAAUCAAGAAGAAUCUAUUGUUCUUCCUUAUGAGAAUUCCCUGUUAAAUGAACCCUCUUCAAACAUGAUUAUUCAAACUCAAAGGAAAACGGAUGUCAGAUUUUUGAGUGAAUUAGAGGAGAAGAAUCUAGAAUAAAUUGAUGAAGAGAAAGUAAAAAUAUAUCAUUAUAGCGAAUCAAAUAUUAUCGAUUAUGAUAAUAAAACUAUUAAGAUAUUGGGGAAUGUGUAUGACAAUGACAUAAGAAAUCAGGAGAAUUUUGCUAUAGAAGGGUCUCAAGCAUCUUCAAUGGCUGGUUUAAGAAAAUCAGUGUAUUAUAGAAAAUACACUCUUGUAAAUCAACUUAACGACUAAACUCCAGUUAUACCUUUAUUGAGUAAGCUUUUUGGAUAUCUGUUUUUUGCUCUAAUCAAUUAAGUCUUAUUCCUAUCGAUUGUAAUUAUUUGAUAUAUAUUUAGAAUAUUUCAUUCUCAAAAACAGACUUUUACUCACUAAAUUAUUACUACGAAUCAAUCUAAAUUAAUCAUUAUUUUAUAGAGCCGAUGCAGAAGUUCUUUUUGACUCGUUAUAUGCUCCAAGAUUACCAAAUUUUAAACCUAUAUUAGAACAUAACCAAAGAUAGACUUAACUAUUAUUAAAAAUUUAUUAACCCUCUAUUGAUAGGGUCAUUUGAUGAAUUCAAAAUUAACUUUCAGGAUCAUUUUUAGGAUGAGACAUUAUCAUAAUUUAUCAAAGACGAAUACGUUAGUAUCUAAUAGUAAAUAACUCACUAUGCUCCAAUUAAAUUGCAAGAAUACAAUGUGACCUUAUUUAAUGCAUUUAGUAUCUUGCUUGAUGCCUUUUACAAACAAGAGUAGAUUUACAUCAACCCUUAAUCAGUUAAAGGCACGAAUCCUUAUAACACAUAUUAAUAUAAGAACUAUAUCUUAUUUGUAACUAUCUUUGAUAAGAUAUCUGAUCUAAUGUUUGAAGAAUCUAUCGAAAAAAUUGAAUUGGUUGUUCAGAGAUGGAUAAUCAUGGUCAUUCCAAUAUCAAUUGCAGUAUUAAUAUCCGUUUUGUUACUUGGGUAUUAUUACAACUAUUACAAUCGAUUCAUUGAGAAGUUUUUUGACCUCAGCAAACACAUAGAACAGAUUGAACUUGAUACCGAUCAAAAUAGACAAUAAUUUAUACUUCAAAGUUUAAAACAAGGAUCUGAAUUGAUCCACAUGUAUAAAUUUAAUUUGAUUGGAAAGGAGGAAGUAUUAGCAAAGAAUAAAAUCAAGGAAUCUAAGAAGGAGAUCAAAAAUGUGGUCAAUGAACCAAAAGUUGUUAGACAAUUUAUUAGGAUUUCGAAAUUCCCUCUUAUUUUUUCAGUCCUAGCUUUGCUAUUACAAUAUUUGAUGAUAGCUGGUCCUUUAACUUAUGUUGGCAGUGAUUAUAUGAGCAAAUUCUCCACAACUAUUCACUUUUUUAAAUCCCUUUCUGAUAUUGGUGUUUAUGUUCCUGCCUCUUUCUCCUAAAAAGAAAUCUUGUAUUUCUUCUUUUAUUUCACUUACUAUACUACUGAUGAUAGAGUGUUCUUUGUUGAUUAAAUAUAAAAAGCAGUUAGCAAAAUUGACACUUUCUUAAACUUACAUAUUGAGAGUUCGACUUUGCAAUUUUCAUAAUAAUUUUUAGACGAUUAUGAAUACUUGGAGCAAAACAAUCUAUGCUAAUUGUUGAAUAGUUCAAAAUAUUAUGAUUUAGAUUACUUUUGUUAAAAUUCUCAAAAUGGAAUAUUGAAAUUGGGUUUGAGAGCAUCACUGACUAAUUUUAAUAAUAUAUUGAAGACAGAAUUAGAUAUCAACUUUCCGACAACUCGUAAAUCCCCUCCAAAAGAGGAAUUGGAAGCUGUUUAUUUAGGCUCGGAUGUAAUUUCUGAAAUUACGUUUAAAAUGGAAAAAGAUAUUAGUUCACAAACCUUAAAAAUCGAGGAAUUAUAUAAUGUAUAUAUAUCAAUAUUUUAAAGAUCAUAAAUGCUUUAAGCCUGACUUAUACUAUCAUGCUGAUUAUUGUUAUUUAGUUUUCAGUUUUCAAAGUUUUUAGAUUGAAACUUAAUAGAACCAAAAUGAUCUCAUUAAUAUUCCCACUAGAAACAAUCUUCCUAAAUGACCAUUUUGAAAGAGAACUAAGAAGAAUGGUUACAAGUGAAAAAUUGAUUUGA